AUGCGGCAGGUUUGCUGCUCAGCGCUGCCGCCGCCGCCGCCACUGGAGAAGGCUCGGUGCAGCAGCGACAGCGACAGCAGCAGCAGCAGCAGCAGCGAGAGCAGCAGCAGCAGGAGCAGCAGCAGCAGCAGCAGCAGCAUCUCCCGUCCCGCUGCGCCCCCAGAGCCGCGGCCGCAGCCACCGCCGCAGCCCCGCUUCCCCGCAGCCCGGAAAGCCGCCGCCCGCUCGCGAGCCGCAGCCGCCGGCGGCAUGAGGCGCGACCCGGCCCCCGGCUUCUCCAUGCUGCUCUUCGGGGUGUCGCUCGCCUGCUACUCGCCCAGCCUCAAGUCCGUGCAGGACCAGGCGUACAAGGCACCCGUGGUGGUGGAGGGCAAGGUCCAGGGACUGGCCCCGGCCGGCGGUUCCGGCUCCAACAGCACCCGUGAGCCGCCCGCCUCGGGUCGGGUGGCGCUGGUGAAGGUGCUGGACAAGUGGCCGCUCCGGAGCGGGGGGCUGCAGCGCGAGCAGGUGAUCAGCGUGGGCUCCUGCGCGCCGCUCGAGAGGAACCAGCGCUACAUCUUUUUCCUGGAGCCCACCGAGCAGCCCUUGGUCUUUAAGACGGCCUUUGCCCCCCUUGGCACCAACGGCAAAAACAUCAAGAAAGAGGUGGGCAAGAUCCUGUGCACUGACUGCGCCACUCGGCCCAAGCUGAAGAAGAUGAAGAGCCAGACAGGACAGGUGGGUGAGAAACAAUCGCUGAAGUGUGAGGCAGCAGCAGGGAACCCCCAGCCUUCUUACCGUUGGUUCAAGGAUGGCAAGGAACUGAAUCGAAGCCGCGACAUUCGAAUCAAGUAUGGCAAUGGCAGAAAGAACUCACGGCUACAGUUCAACAAGGUGAAAGUGGAAGACGCUGGGGAGUAUGUGUGCGAGGCUGAGAACAUUCUGGGGAAGGACACUGUCCGAGGCCGGCUCCAUGUCAACAGCGUGAGCACCACCCUGUCAUCCUGGUCCGGGCACGCCCGGAAGUGCAACGAGACAGCCAAGUCCUAUUGUGUCAAUGGAGGCGUGUGCUACUACAUCGAGGGUAUCAACCAGCUGUCCUGCAAGUGUCCUGUGGGAUACACCGGGGACAGGUGUCAGCAGUUCGCAAUGGUCAACUUCUCCAAGCACCUUGGAUUUGAAUUAAAGGAGGCAGAGGAGCUGUACCAGAAGAGGGUCCUGACCAUCACUGGCAUCUGCGUGGCUCUGCUAGUCGUGGGCAUCGUCUGCGUGGUUGCUUACUGCAAGACCAAAAAACAGCGGAAGCAGAUGCACAACCACCUCCGCCAGAACAUGUGCCCAGCACACCAGAACCGGAGCUUGGCCAAUGGGCCUAGCCAUCCUCGGCUGGACCCCGAAGAGAUCCAGAUGGCAGAUUACAUCUCCAAGAAUGUGCCAGCCACUGACCACGUCAUCCGAAGGGAAACUGAGACCACCUUCUCCGGGAGCCACUCCUGUUCUCCUUCUCACCACUGCUCCUCAGCCACGCCCACCUCCAGCCACAGACAUGAGAGCCACACAUGGAGCCUGGAACGUUCUGAGAGCCUGACCUCUGACUCCCAGUCAGGCAUCAUGCUAUCGUCCGUGGGCACCAGCAAGUGCAACAGCCCAGCGUGUGUGGAGGCCCGGGCCCGGCGGGCAGCAGCCUACAGCCUGGAGGAGCGGCGCAGGGCUGCCAUGCCACCCUACCACGACUCCAUAGACUCCCUGCGUGACUCCCCACACAGCGAGAGAACAGAAGAGGAUAUGGAUAAUUGCACUGAAAUUUUAGACAUGAGUGCUGUUCUAGGCAACCUGGACCUAUGGGGGCCCUGGCCCAGUGCACCAGGGAGCCCACAUCCCAACAGAGACCGAAAGACACCAAGACCAAGUAGCUUAGAGGGCGCGGCGCACGACGCGCUGCGCUCGGACUCGCCGCCGCUGUGCCCGGCGGCCGACAGCAGGACUUACUACUCCCUGGACAGCCACAGCACGCGGGCCAGCAGCAGACACAGCCGCGGGCCGUCCCCGCGGGCCAAGCAGGACUCAGCGCCCCUCUAGGGCCCCCUCCGCCUCGCCCGCCCCGCUGUCUUCAAGGAGAACAGAGACUGCCGAUUGGAGAGAGGA